UGGUUUACAACAUCUCGCAUACAGAAAAGACAUCAGUUUACUCUCAAAUCUACCAGAUCUUUUAGUGAACAAGAAAAAAUUGCAUUCAAAUGUGAACUUUGGUUCAAACCAGAUUGAAAAUUCCAAACGAAAUCCCAUUCAAAUCGAAGUGAGACAUGAUCCUGCAAACUCAAUACCAAAUCCAAACGCAUGUGCAGAUGUUGCUUUCAGAUGAGUUGUAUAUAAUGGUGGUCGAGUUUGAGCCUUUCUCUCUCUCUCUCUCUCUCAUGGCGACCCUUCAUCUGAAACCUCUGAACCUUUCCACUGGAAUCCAGAAUUCCAUCUCGGGAGAGAGGAGAAGGCCCCUUCUUUCCCCUUCCAUCUUCCUCUCCACCGACCCCUCCAACGUCGACCUCCACCACCUGCGCACCUUACUCUCCUCCACCAACCAGUCGGGCCACCGUUUCCCGGACCUCCUUCCUGACGGCUCCGCCAGUCGCCCGGACCCCAAGAAGUUGGCGGCUGCACUCCGCCACAGCUUCGUCGUCGUCUCCGCCUUCGCCAGACGGAACUGCCCGCUCUUCGGGGACGAUCCCCCGGCCGACGGCGAAAGGUCGCUGUGGUGGGAGCGGCUGGAGGAGACGAUGCCGCUAACUGCGUCCAACGGGCGGCUGGUGGGUUUCGGCAGGGCCUCCUCCGACGGCGGAUUGACGGCCGCCAUUCACGACGUCGCGGUUCUUCCUUCCUUUCAAGGACUAGGCAUCGGCAAGAAGAUAGUUCAAAGAAUUAUCAGAGUGCUAACUAAUAAGGGAAUAUAUGACGUCUCAGCACUUUGUUCAAAAGAAGAGAGUGCAUUUUUCCGGGCUUGCGGGUUUGGAGAUGACAUGUUGGGAUCCACAACUAUGAUGUAUACAAGGGAACCAAGCUGUGCUCAAGAAGAAGAUGGUGCCAUGGUGAGGCGAGCUGGCAGGCUUCUAUUGGUUGUUCCCCCUGAGCUAAAACCAUUUGCUACACAGUGAGCAUCUUGUUAGAAUAGGAUUCAUGUUUGGGAUUGCAUGAAAUGCGAAAAAGUUUGUGAAAAAGUUCAUGAAUUCUGUCACUUCUUUUGCACUCUGUUGUCAGUCAAAUUGUAAAAACUUGGCUAGGUUUACGAAUUUCAAGCCCAGAAGAGAUGGUACUUGAUUUAUAUCCAAAUUUUG